UUCUCUUAGUUUUAUCGACUACUUUCAGUUGCCUUAAGAAGCUAUAUAUCUUUUAGCGAAAUAAUUUAAACUCCAUGGUUUGAUUUGCUUUAUCCCAGCUCAGUCAAUUGAUAAAAUCCACGAACCUUUGAAACCUGUUCAGAUUUCAGUUUGAUGUCCAAGAUCCCCACCAAGUCGCUCGGACCAGGAGUGAUUUUCACUGGGGUUAGGGGGUAUCUGUUAGGUCCAUCGAUGAUGAUACUACACAAACAGAAAAAUGAAGACAAUAAAAGAAAAGCAAGAAUAUUUCCCAGCCAGGCUUAAUUAUUCAACGACUAUCUAUGUUCGAAGUCACUAUAAGGUACUGGAUAUGGACGAUUCCAUUGGCUGCUGCAGUAUGCCAACAUCCUCGGACGCAUGGAAGAUAACAGCUUUCUACGAUGUUGCAACGUUAGGAGGAUAGGGAUAACUAGUUAUUUAUCUUUCGAUGACACAGAGUUUGGAUAUUGCAUGGUAAUAAUAACUUAGAAUAAAGUACCUAAUAUGGAUGUCCAUAAUAAUAGUUAAUAAUAAAUACCCCG